AUGACAAAAAGUGGUUACAUCAAUGCUGCUAUUCGUUCAUCUAACACCAACGAAGCUUACUUUUUCAUCAAUGAUAAGUACAUUUUGUUGGAUUAUGCUCCAGGAACAAGCAACGACAAGCUUUUGUACGGGCCUAUUCCUCUUCGUGAUGGGUUUAAAUCACUUAACCACACCAUAUUUGGAAGCUACGGGAUAGAUUGCAGCUUUGACACUGAUAACAAUCAGGCAUUCAUCUUUUAUGAAAAUUUUUGUGCUCUCAUAGACUAUGCUCCACACUCUGACAAAGAUAAAAUCAUCUCAGGUCCUAAGAGAAUCGCUGACACCUUUCCUUUUUUCAAAGGAACCGUGUUUGAAAAGGGAGUAGAUGCUGCCUAUAGAUCAUCAAAAGGCAAAGAAGUUUACUUAUUCAAAGGAAAUCAAUAUGCUCGUAUAGACUAUGGCAGUAACAAGCUCGUUCAAAAUAUCAAGAACAUUACUGGAGGGUUUACUUGUUUCCGUGGAACAAUCUUUGAAAAUGGAGUGGAUGCAGCUUUUGCUUCUCACAAGACCAAUGAAGUUUACUUCUUCAAAGAUGACUACUAUGCACGUGUAGACGUUACCCCAGGCGCAUCAAAUGAUGUCAUUAUGGAUGGUGUCAGGAAAACUCUUGACUACUGGUCAUCUCUUCGUGGCAUCAUACCUCUUAAAAGUUAA